UCGCUUUGCUAGUGUGCCCAGGGAUUUCUUUACUAUGCUUGAAACACACGAGAGAAAUGAGAACUUUGAAAGAGAUGGAAUUGGCAGCUAUGUUGGAAGGAGAUCUGGAUAGUUAUAGCCCAACAAUGACCCCCAACGAGCAAACCGAUCGCCUUCCCUAUAACAUGGAAUACGAAUUUCCAAGGGAAAGAAUCAUGCUUCAAGAACAACUUGGCGAAGGUGCAUUUGGAAUUGUUGUGAAGGGAAAGGCCAUUGGAAUAGUCGAAGAGGAAACGGAAACCACCGUUGCAGUGAAAAUGGUUAAAAAGAAAUAUGAUAUCGAGGCUCUACAAGCACUUGUUGCAGAACUGAAAAUAAUGAUUCAUUUAGGUCAGCACCUAAAUGUUGUCAACCUUCUUGGCGCCAUUACAAAGAACAUCGGAAAACGGGAACUGAUGGUGAUUGUGGAAUACUGUCCGUUUGGAAAUGUGUUGAAUAUCCUCCGUAAUAAUCGAUCUUGUUUUAUUGAUGAGAUCAAUCAGCAAUCACCAAGUUCUAGUAGUAAACUCAAAAUCGGUCUUCUUACUGGUCAUAGUGUAUUCGAAAUUGGACCCACAACAUCUCGGAAUACAAACAUGUUAGGGAGUUCCGGUUCCAAUUCAUCAGCUACAGUCUUUGAAAGAUCCAUCAGCACCACAGAUCUGAUCUGUUGGGCUUUCCAAGUUGCCACCGGAAUGGACUACGUCGCAUCACGCAAAGUACUGCAUGGAGAUUUGGCGGCUAGAAAUGUUCUUCUGUGCAACGAUAAUGUAGUAAAAAUCUGCGACUUUGGGUUAUCUCGUUCCUUGUACAACGGUGAUAAGUACAAGAAAAGUAGUAAGUCACCCCUCCCUGUACGGUGGGUUGCACUUGAGUGCUUCAGUGAUGGCCUUUUCAGUACCCACUCGGACGUGUGGUCGUAUGGGAUCUUCCUCUGGGAACUGUUCUCACUCGGCAUGGUACCAUACCCCGGAAUAGAAAUGAAUUCAGAUUUUUACAAAAUGCUCCGGGAUGGAUUACGAAUGGAAUGUCCUCCAUUUUCCAACCAAGAUAUUUACGAUAUUAUGCUGAGUUGCUGGAAGGUAAAGCCAGACACGCGACCUUCAUUUAAAGAACUCCGAAGUCACUUCAGCGCAAUGUUGGUUCAGGAGACGCAGGAUUACUAUUUGGCUCUAAAUGAGCCUUAUCUAGCAUUGAACAAUGCACGAAUGGUGGCAUACUGCACGGAAUACUUGUCCCCAGAAACGGAUGUUCAUCUUGUGUCAGGCUCUGAAGGACGUGCUGGAAAAUUCGUGGAAAUGGCGACGGUAAAAGAGUUUGGUGGAUAUCAGAAUCUGACGACUGACGGGUCAAUAAAUCCGGCUAGUACGAAUCACAACAAACCCGAAUACGUGAACGAGUGUGUACUAAAUAACGAGUAA